AUGACAUACGACACUGAUGGAGACAACAGCCCCAUCAAACUCGAUAUACGUUGUCUAGAGGAUGAUGACGAUGGUUAUCGUAAAGGCUUUUUCGAAAAAGGGUUGGGUGCGCUCUUAGCCGAUAAGUACUUUUUGCUUCUAUACGUGCCUAAGGAUGGAGCCAAAAUGCGAAUCGUACGACCUGCUAGUGACCCAUACCAUCGACAAAGGAUGAUCAAGAGGAUCAACGAAGCAAAAUCCAUCCCAUCCUUUUACUAUGCGUUGUCACAUCUUUGGGGCAUCUCAAAAGACAACCCACAAUCAUGGGAGGAAAUUGGCGACUACGUGGAUGACGAAGAUGGCCAACCUACAGCUCCUGUUUCGAUGCGAGCUGAAAAACGCACCACAUUACUUGCGCUACUCGAGGCACAUCCCGAUAGUUAUUGGUGGAUCGACGUCUUAUGUGCACGUUUUGAUACGCCCUUGGAUAUUAUGGGGGAUAUCUAUGCAUGUUGUCUUGAGUGCAUCGCCAUGAUUGAUUGUGUGCCUGGUCUGUUAUCACAUUUUCAUACCCAGAAGAAUAUGAGGGAGGAGCUCGUUGAUAUCGAAAACAAUCCAAGUCCAAAAGUUAUCAUGAACGGCAAACGUUUGUACGCAAAAUAUCCUCAGCUGCAUGCACAGUUGGAUCAGUUGCAGCAAAUUGAAUGGUGGAAGCGCGUUUGGACAUGGCAAGAGAUGGCUCUCCCUUAUGGUCCUGUGCGUCUUAUAGCAGAAAACGACGCUCAUCACUUUCAAACCAACACGUCUACGAUGGAUGAUUUAAUUAACAGCUUCAAGAACGCAUUCGAUAUUCUAUUUUAUCUUGAUAACGUGACUAAGCUUGCGGAGAAGAUUAUCGCUUUUAUGUUCGAGAUGUACCAAGCUAGAACUUUUAACAAACAUCGUACCGAGAAGAAGAGCCCAUCAAGAUUUCUCUUCUUAAUUAGGUCAUUGGCUUUAUCGGAUAGGCGCUGCGUGGAUCCUGUUGAUUACGUCUACGGUGUGCUUGGCAUGUUCCAGCUUAAAAUUCCAAGGAUGAACGAUCCAAAUGCAGUUUGGCAAAGAUUCCUGUCUGAGCUUGAGAAGUAUGUCGAGGAUAUGAAAAAUGACAAAUUCGAACACGACGGCCGUAAAUACAAAAUCUCUGCGGCCCAUGAUCGGGCAUACCGGAUAGAUUUACGGGAAGCUGAAAAUAUGUCUGAUGUGUACGGCGAACUACGCAUGUAUGAUUACGUUUAUAGUGAUAAUGAUAGUGAUAGCGAAUAA